AGAUUUUUGCGUUUUCCUUGAAGAAAAAGAACUGAAUUUUCUCAUCCGUUGAAAUCGGGCCAGAAGAGACGCUGCUCUUGCUUUCUCAAUAACUUACUUCCCUUCAGGUCUUCUCCGUUUCAGUCUUUGUAGAGAUCCUUUGAUCUGGAGCCGGCUGCCUGCUGUGAUUUUUCGAUUGAGGAGAGUUGGAUUUAGGAGGCCAGAGGAAACGAAAGCGUGCUUUUGGUGCUGAAGAGGGGGCGAAGGUGAAAAUGCCAGAUAUUCAACUUGGUGCUCACAAUUUUAGAUCCCAUGGAAUUAAAGUUGCAAAAUUCCACAAGCAUGACUGGAUCAUACUAGUUUUUCUUGCCAUUAUUGAUAUUAUACUGAAUGUAAUCGAACCCUAUCACCGUUUUGUGGGAGAAUUUAUGAUGACAGAUCUUAGAUAUCCAAUGAAGGGCAAUACAGUGCCAUUUUGGGCUGUCCCUUUGAUAGGAGUCAUUUUGCCAAUUUUUAUCAUCACCGGCAUUUACUUCAAAAAGAGAAAUGUCUAUGAUCUGCACAAUGCAAUAUUGGGCCUCCUAUUUUCUGUUCUUAUUACUGCUGUCUUAACUGAUGCAAUCAAGGAUGCUGUUGGUAGACCGCGACCAGAUUUCUUUUGGCGCUGUUUUCCAGACGGCAUUCCCAAAUAUGACAACUUCACCACAAGUGUUAUAUGCCACGGAGAGAAAAGUGUUAUCAAGGAAGGUCACAAGAGUUUUCCUAGUGGGCAUUCUUCAUGGUCUUUUGCUGGUCUGGGCUUUCUUUCAUGGUAUCUAGCUGGGAAAAUCAGAGCUUUUGACAAGAGGGGGCAUGCCGCCAAGCUUUGCAUCGUGCUGCUCCCUCUCCUAUGUGCAGCACUUAUUGCAAUCUCUCGAGUGGAUGACUAUUGGCACCACUGGCAAGAUGUAUUUGGAGGCGGCACUUUAGGACUGGUGGUCUCCUCAGUUUGUUAUUUGCAGUUCUUCCCUCCCCCCUACGCUGAAGAUGGUUGGGGCCCUCAUGCAUAUUUUCGAGUGCUGGCAGAGACAUUAAACACAACAGUUCCAACUACGAACGCUACAAAUACGACGAGGCCUGCGGAGAUGGACACCAUCUAUAUUGCCUCAGACAGACAGAAUCCUUAUUCGAGUCCUAGGGUUAAUGGCACAUAAGGUGGUGUUGGUGCUCUGGUAUAGCGAUGUUCUUGAUCAUUUUUGUGCUUGUUUUGGAUCUAUCUUAUUAGAUAUCUUCAGUAGGAAUUUGAUUUAUUAUUUUAUAUAUUUUCCCUUUUUUUGUGAAUUUGAUAAUACCUUACAUAUUAUGUUGGUGUAGCUUUUCUUAUGUUUUGUUUGUAAAUAUAUGUAACUUUUAAUUCAUGUAAGGAUAUAUAUGAUGGAGGUUUUCACUA